AUGUUAUAUAAACCUAUAUGCAAGGCCUGUGUGGGAGAACACGUCUCAGCUGAUGAAUCCAAUGUCCAUAAAGUUGUCAAGUUUCAAAAAAGAAAACCCAAUCCCCUCUACCCUGGCAGUAAAUUACAUGGCAAAGAUUCAAUCCUUUAUCUAAGGGUUAAUGACUGCUGCAUGAAGUCAGAACAACCCAUACAAGAAGCAGUGAUUUUACCUCCAGUUACACAGUUUCUUCAUAAAGCAAAAAUUGUCAGCACCAUUAAGAUUGAUUUUCCAUUUUUAUUUGGUCCUUACUUUGUAGCAUACCUAAAUGAUGAUAAAAUCUGGACAGGGGGAGCUGAAGAUAAAAUGUAUAUAUUCAGCGUCAAUCAGAGCAAAUUACUCAGAUCAGUACAGACCACAUCAAGGAAAAGACCAGGAGGCAUUGCAGUAACAAAACAUGGCGAUCUGGUUUAUACUGAUCCAAAUGAUAAAAGAAUAAACACUGUAAAAGACGAAACCACUGACGCCAUCACACUAGAAAACUGGAGACCUUUCGGAGUCUGCACUACCUCUUGUGGAGAUCUUCUAGUUAUCAUGCACAGUGAAAAAGAUGAGAGGUUAAAAGUUGUUCGUUACUCUGGCUCUACAGAAAAACAAACCAUACUGCUUAAAGAGAGAACCUCUAUCUAUGAACAUCCUGUUCAUAAUCAAUAUUGCAUCAGUGAAAACAAGAACUUGGAUAUUUGCGUUGUUGACAUCAAUGAUAAAUCAGUGAUAGUGAUAAACCAAGCUGGAAAACUGAGAUUCACUUACAGAGGUCAAACACCCUCUCCAAAAGGUUAUCCGUUCAAUCCCAAAGGGAUCACAACAGACAGUCGGAGUCAAAUCCUAACUGCUGAUUAUGACAAUGACUGUGUUCACAUAAUAAACCAGGAUGGAAAGUUCCUCUGCUUCAUAAACCGUGGACUGAGGCAUCCCUUUGGACUGUGCAUAGAUACAAAUGACAAUCUGUUUGUUUCUGAAAUGAGAUACAACCAAGUGAAGAAAAUAAAAUAUCAGCAUUAA